AUGUCGGCACAAGAUAGACUCCAAGCUGUCAAACAGCAUCUCACCCCCGAUCAGGAGCGCGCCAACGCCGUUGAUCCUGUCGCCAGCAUGAAUGAAGAACGUGCCAAGGCUGCUUUCAACAUUCGCGAACUCACCCACCUCUUGGAUGGUGGUGAAAAGGCCACUGAGUUGCGUGAACGCAUGAUGCAAGAGAUUGAACGCGAUCCUCUCUUCAAGAUGCACGACAUCCAUGAUAUUAGCAAGGAAGAAUUGCGUGAGCGUACCAUGGAAAAGUUCCGUAGCUUGAUCCAUCAUUUGCAAAACGAAUCUGUGGAUACCUUCAAGAAGCGCAUGGAAGUCAUUAGUUUGAUUGAUCCUGGUUUCUGGACCCGCUUUGGUGUUCAUUAUGGUUUGUUUGUUGGUGCCUUGCAAAGCAAUGCCAGCCCUGGUCAACUUUCCUACUGGUUCGAAAAGGGUGCUCUUUCAUUGACUGGCAUGGUGGGUUGCUUUGCCAUGACAGAGUUGGGUCACGGUUCCAAUGUCCCAGGUCUUGAAACCACUGCCACCUUUGAUGAAGCCUCCGAUCAAUUCGUCAUCCACACUCCUACUCUUACUGCUACCAAGUGGUGGAUCGGUGGUGCUGCCCAUAGUGCUACUCACGCAGCUGUCUUUGCUCAACUUAUUGUCAAGGGCAAGCGUUAUGGUACCAAGUGCUUUGUCGUCCCCUUGAGAGAUCCCAAGACCUAUAACCUCCUUCCUGGUGUCAACAUUGGUGAUAUUGGUAAAAAGAUGGGUCGUGAUGGUAUCGACAAUGGCUGGAUUCAAUUCACCAGCGUUCGUAUUCCCCGUGGUUACAUGCUUCAAAAGCACACCAAGGUUUCUCGAUCCGGUACCGUCGUUGAGCCCAAGUUGCAACAAUUGACCUAUGGUGCUCUUUUGCAAGGCCGUGUUGCUAUGGUUGUUGACAGUGGCAACGUUUCCAAGAAGGCUCUUUCCAUUGCUGUCCGCUAUGCUGCUGUGCGUCGUCAAUUUGCCAACUCCAAGUCCAAUGGUAUCGAAACCAAGUUGCUUGACUACCCUAUCCACCAACGUCGUUUGAUGCCUUUGCUUGCUCAAGCCUUUGCCAUGCACUUUACUGGUACCGAAAUGACUGCCAUGUACAACAGCAUGAUGUCCCGUUUGGAUGGUGCCAGCCCUGGUGAUCCUGAUAUGGAAGAAAUUGUUGAAAUCCUCAAGGAAACUCACUCUACCAGCGCUGGUCUUAAGGCCUUCUGUACCUGGAAUUGUUUGAACACCAUUGAGCAAUGCCGUCAAGCUUGUGGUGGUCACGGCUAUUCCGCAUACACUGGUCUUGCUGGCAUGUACAAUGACUUUGCUGUUCAAUGUACUUGGGAAGGUGACAAUACCAUCUUGGCUCUCCAAUCCGGUCGUUAUCUUAUCAGCAGCUACCGUGAAGCCAUGAAGGGCAAGAAGCUUUCUCCUGGUGUUGGCUACCUCAACAACUUGAAUGGUUUGAUCGGCAAGCGUUGCCAAGUUCAAAAGCUUGAGGAUCUCUUGCGCCCCGAGGUGCUUAUUGAAGGCUGGCAAGUCGUCUGUGCCAAUGUUGUCAAGAAUGCUGCUUUGGAGUUUGAGGAAUGUCUCAAGAAUGGCUUGGAUGUGGAUGAUGCUUAUGAACAAUGCUCUCAAUCUCGCUUGUAUGCCGCUCGUCUUCACACAUACGGAUACCUCUUCAACCGCUUCGCUGAUGGUGUCUCCAAGGUUGAGGGUGGCUUGAAGGACAUUUUGAUGAAGGUCUGCAUGUUGUAUGGAUUGUACACUGUUGAAGAAAACUCGGGUGCCUUCCUUCAAUACGAGUACUUCACUCCCAAGCAAAUCGAAUUCAUCCGUUCGCAAGUCAACGUUCACUGCAAGCUUGUUCGUGACCAAGCUAUCCCUCUUAUUGACUCCUUCAACCUUUCCGAUUUCAUGAUCAACUCGCCCUUGGGCCGCAAGGAUGGCAAUGUUUACGCACACUACUUUGACCAAGUCAAGCGCUCCAACCCUCAAGGCGAACAUCCCUACUUUAACCGCCUUAUCAAGCCCAUGUUAGAACGUGAUAUGGAUGGUGGUGAUGUUGAGGAUGAGGAAGCUGGUUUGGAAGAAGAGGAAGACGACGAGUAA